AUGAAGGCCUACUACUACGACGAUCUCCCCGGUGACCAGCGCCUCCCCCACGACUCUGGCCGGGAGGUGGACGUCGAUGCUCUCCUUGCGCUCGGUGUUUAUUACUAUCACCUUCCUGAGCUCCAAAGCGUCAACGAGUUGGCCGAGAAGCGCGGAUACAGGAAUCGGGACGAAAUCAAGGUUUCUCCCAAGACGAUGGGCGACGUGUAUGAGGAAAAGGUCAAGAUGUUUUUCCUGGAGCACCUACACGAGGAUGAGGAGAUUCGGUACAUUCGCGACGGUCGGGGCUACUUUGACGUCCGCAGCAAGAACGACGAGUGGGUGCGCGUCCAGCUUGACAAGGACGACCUGCUCAUCUUGCCGGCCGGCAUCUACCACCGCUUCACUACCGACGAGGACAAUUUCGUCCACGCCAUGCGACUGUUCAAGGACGAGCCUAAGUGGACUGCUCUGAACCGCGACCCCAAGCUGGACGAGAACACACACCGGCAGCAGUAUGUGAAGGAGUUUCUAGCCCAGUACCGUUUUCGACGUACAGCAGAAUUAGGUAGCUGUCGAGCCUCCUCACCACCCUCAACUCCAACUCUUGUUCCUCAUCCUAACUUCGCCACCGCCUUCACCCCAACACAGCGACAAUACUCCCAACUUCGUGCACACCUACCCUACCUUGGCCGGGGCUCUAGGGGCAAGAUGGAUACACGCACUGAAGCGUCUGACGCGACCGAUGCGUCGGGAAAGCCGCGGCCUCAGCUACCAACAAGCUGCGAUCCGCCGCAUGGCAGCACUUCGUCGCGACAACUAGUCUGGAUUGUCUUUGGAGGCACCGGUCACAUGGGCCGCUCACUUGUCAAGUGUGCCCUUUCGCGCGGCGACCUUGUGACGUCGGUUGGUCGUGUCUUCGAGACGACCCCGAGUGAAAUGGCGGGCAUCCACGAAAACUGCCUCGGGGCGUUGUGCGACGUCCGCGCCCGAGACUCAGUCUGCCGCGUCGUGGAACGUACGCUCACUCACUUCGGGCGCAUCGACGUGGUCGCCAACUGCUCAGGCUACGGCGUCAUCGGCGCCUGUGAGGAUCAGGACGAGCACGAUCUACGAAACCAGUUCGAGACGAACUUCAUGGGCACUCUCCACAUCAUCCAUGCGACGCUGCCCUACUUUCGGCGGCAGAAUGGAGGUCGGUACCUCAUUCUCAGCUCGACAUCUGGGGCAUUAGGCGUCCCAGGUCUUGGUCCUUAUUGUGCCACCAAGUAUGCUGUUGAGGGCCUCAUCGAGGCAAUGCUUUACGAAACAGACGCGUUCAACAUCAAAGCCACCCUCAUUGAGCCUGGCCACGUCCGGCGUGAUGAGCCCGAGACCCCAAACAACCCGCUGCCGACAUGGGGUCACUUCCUCAUUAAACCAGCGAGUGAGGCAUACGGGCAUGCGACGUCGCCUGCCCUCCAUGCCAAGAGAAUGGUACAAUGGCUUGGCGAUCGCCAGCCGACAAGUGCUGUCAAGUGUGCUGAGCUGAUCUGGCAGCUGGCUCACUGCUCGUACCCACCACUACGAUUACUGUUAGGGAGCUACGCCAUUGAGAGCAUUCGUGACCGUAUGAGAUCGGUGACGGAGGAACUAGAGGACUGGAAGCACCUCAAUUUCCCAGCCGCACCAGAAGACGAGAAAGAAGGAGGCGAGGACAUGGUCGACGGUGCGCCAGAGUCAAUGUCGUAA